AGCGAUCCGCCUCGACGAAAGAGUCAUCCCCGGGCCGGGAAACGAGUUGCCGGCUGCAGCCCAGCCGAUUUCGACCGGCUCCGAGCUGCGGGGCUCGUGGGAUCGUUUGAAGGGCCGCUGUUGGCUGCUCGUCUCCAACGAGAGCGCGGAUCCUCGUCAGAAGCAGCGAUGGCCCCGAGCACCCCAAACGACUCUUUGCUUGAUCGCCCUUCAAGCACUUGCUCUCCCUUCCCCCAGCAGCUGCCAGCCAGCAAAGCAGCGGCAUCUCUAUCUCCCAGCCACCACUCGGCCAAAGCCUUACCGACAACCAGCUCAGGCCGUGCUUGCCGCCCACUCGCCACAGCCGCGAUCUCUGUCGUUGCUCUUCCCAGUCGCCGCUGCCCCAGGCCAUGUUCGAUCUUGCUUCACGCCGAGCCAACAGGCCCAUUGACGUCCAGGAGGCUGCCCGUCUCUCGGCCAAGAAGAGACAAGAAUCUCCUCCGCGACCAAAAUCCUGGGCACCAAGAGGCUUGCCCGACACGACCGCCUCUGCUUCCGACUUUGCUGCCGCCGACUCGACCAUCCAGACAGCGGCCGAAGCCGAGCGGCUCUGGAGCCAGGGCAAGCGUCUCCAAGCGAUCGAACUCUACGAUCAAGUCACUCCUCAGGAUAUCAGGGCGUAUGCCCUCCGAGACUCGGCUCUCAGGCUCACUUAUAUCAGUGGAUUGACCGACCCGUAUCGCAUCCUGGAGCAACUCGAAAGCGUCCUGUAUCAUCUGGCCGAGUAUCGGGAACUCAGCAAGUCGAGCGCCGUUGGUGUCAAAUAUCUUGAGCUCUAUGACCAUGCUCUCCGAGCCAUCCGAAAAAUCCUCCAGCCUACAGAGACAGCUGUUCGCGCCGGGGCUCCCGUCCCAACCUUGAAGCCGGAUGUAGUCAAGAUGCUGGUCACUCUGUUGAUGGAUCGAGAGGUGAUCUCGUCGACUGCUCGGCGUCAGAGUCUCUAUGAUGUUCUGCUCCUGACCAAGCAGGCACACGAGGUAUGGAUUCAUCUUCAAGUUCACCUCGACGCCUUUGCCUACGAUAUUCCAUGGCUGAGGUACCUGGCAACCAUCAUCGACGAUCUCGCGCGCCGCUGGCUCGAGUACUGUAGCGCGGAGGAAUACCCAGCAAAGUCGCUGUACUUUCACCACGACCCCGGACUUGAGUCAUCCCUUUCGAUCCACCACGCCAUCGUCCUCGGGCUGUACGAGCGAUGUACAGGCACUCGCGAGACCCUCGAUGAUCUCGAAGCCGCCAUCCGAGCCUUCCACCAGACUCUCGACCGAUUUGAACUCGACAUGGAUCCCGAGUCGUACUCUCGCGCGAUUAGACAGGAAUGGGUGGCUCAGGCAGCCAUGUUCGAUGCCAUGUUGAUUACCCGGCAGCUCGGUACCGCGACAGGCGCUCUGGCGGUGCUUGAUGCCAACAAGACGCAAGCUCGAGACCUGUUCAACAUGCUGCGAACAACGUGCACUGUGCAAUCCAACAAGGACUUCACAUCCUAUUACGAGCAGCUGGCUUCGAGUCGUCUUAGUUUCUCCUUCCAUACUCUUUUCGCAGUCGUGCGAUUCUUCGGGCUGGACUGGCUGGAUGUCAAAACACAAGACCUGCACCAGCUCCCGGCCAACCAGAGCGAGCCUGCAAGCCAAACCGGGUUUCCGUAUUUCCCUUACCACAAGGUGACGGACUCGGACCUGGUCUUUUGGUGGAUCCCGCUGAGCCAUCGCACCGAACACGCCAUCCAGGACAUCCAGAAGAGCGAGCGGCUGCGUGAAUGGAUAAGGCGAGGCGAGCUGCACAAGUGCGACAGGUCCAUCCUGGCUGAUCCUUGGGAUCUGGAAAGAGCGGUCCGUGUACUCGGUUGGCAUCUCCUCGAUGGUCUGGACGACUCCAAGCUGUCGGACCGAUCUCUCCUGUCCGAGUUGUUUCCGUCCUUGGCGCUCCGUCCAAAGCCCAUCGAUUCGCAGCUCUCCACGGUCCCAACGGAACGCGACCUGCGCCCGACCCUGGCCGACAUUGAGGCGUUCUUCCUUCUCCUGAUGCUUCAAUGCCAGCUCAAGUGCAUUCGCGACGGCGGUGCGACCAGCAAAGCUGGAAUCAUGUACUUGGCCAGCAUCGGCUUCUGGAGACCGACAGCGCUCCAGAUCCGAUUCUGGCGCUCAUGUCUCAUCAAGUAUGGCAACACCGCCCGCUUGCGAUCGUCCAUGUCCUUUGAGAGCGACUGUUUGCCAACCGCAGAGAUCGUCCAGGCGCUCUACGAGAUCCGUAACACCCGUCCGCCUGUGCACAUACCCAAGGCUGCCGACAGAAUUUUUGGCUCAAAGAACAGUCGCGGUCAAGCACCGCCUGUCACCCCGACUGUGGUUCAUCCUCAGCUCGACUAUUGCCUCGGGGUAGUCUUUGCGGAGCUUGCCCUGCGCUACCGACUCGACCGAUACGACGAAGCCCGAUUCUACCUCCAUCGAUACGUCGACAACUCGCCCAAUGCGCAAGCCAGCGCGCCGCCAAUCCCUGCUGCCACCGGCCCCGGUGCCGACAUCGUGAUCGACCGGAACUGGCUGCCUCGAGUCGACGCCACGUCCAUCGGCCAUGCUCGCACGACCCUGGAUGAGCUCCAGUUGCAGAAGCAACAGCGGCCCUUCCACGUUGUCAUGCCCGAGCACGCUGCCGAUGACUUUGAAACCAGCAGCGUCAUCGAGACCGACAACAUUCCCCCUGCGCGGUCGCUCAAGUACGACCGAGAGGAUAUCCGCACCAAGAGCCCAGAGCGAUCCCCCGUUCACGACACGCUUGGCCUCCAGAGCAAGGGCAUCAGUCCCCCUCGUUUGUCGCCAUUUGUUACCGGCACCCGACCCACCCCUGGCAAGUCAGGCUUCUCCAAAGUCAACAGCAACUCCAAGAAGCUGAUCCAGUCGCCGUACAAGGGCCUGGCUUCUGCCCCAGUGAUUGCCUUCAAGCCCAUGACCCCCAACCCGCGCGACGUGGACGAUCUUGCCUUGGACGUGGCACCCAUGACCCUCGACAACAGCCACAUCCUCAAGAGCCCGUCGUAUCGUCGCCACAUGAUUCAUCCUCGCACUCCGGACGGCAUGCUGCGGCCCGACACCUCAUUCGCAAUCAGCCCCAUCAAGAAGACCCUGGAUUUCUCCGCAUCCCUGUCAAGCAACCAGAGCCAGUCGAGCGUCGAGGCUGUGCCGCUGUCCAACAGCCCUGCGGCUGCACCUCGCGGAUCCAGAGUCGACGAUGUGCGCGGCACCGGCCAACGACAGCUCCGAUUUGAGCCCAUCGCUGUCAGCAAAGAAGACAGUCGCAGCGACAAGGACGGCGAUGACAGCGACGACGACGGUGUCUUGGAUGAUUAUGACAAGCUCAGUGAUCAGGAAUCAGACGACAGCGAGAUUGGUCGAGGUAUCAACCAGGGGGUCUCGCGACGCCAGCGCCUGCUGCAAAAGAUCGGCAUUCGCUAGAUGGCUUGGUACUCAGCGUCCCAAUACACUUGACCGAAUGGAUCUCCGC